AUGUCGGCCAAAGACAACAACAACAACACUCUCCCCCCAUUCGCAUCAGACGUGCCGGUGGCCGACAUUGCGACGGUGGACUUUGAUCUCCUGUCUCAAGGCGAUCCCGAACAGGCCCAAAUCCUGCUGCACUCGUGCCAGAACUACGGCUUCUUCUACCUGUCGAACCACCACGUGGACUCACGGUUCAUGUUCGACCUGGCCGACCGGGUAUUCUCGCUGCCGCUGGAUGAGAAGCUCCGGUACGACAUGGGCACGACGGGCCACUAUUACGGCUACAAGCGGUCCGGGGCCAUGUUCGUCGACGACAAGGGCACCAAGGACCACAGCGAGUUUUACAACGUGUCCAAGGACGAGGUGCUAGGGAUCCCGCAGCCGUCAACCACGAAGACGGUGUCGGGCCACCACCCCCAAGUCGUCCUGGACCGGUUCGAGGAGCUCCAGACGUUCAUGAAGUCGUGCCACCGGGUCAUCUACACCAUCACCACGUCGCUGGGCAAGUCACUGGGACUACCGGAAGGCCUUCUCGAGUCGCUGCACGAGCUGGACCGGCCCUCGGUCGACCAGGCACGAGUCACCUGUGCACCGCCCGUGCGACCGGCCGAGACCAUCACGCUGGGCGAGCACACCGACUUCGGCAGCGUGACGGUGCUGUUCAACCAGCUGGGCGGACUGCAGGUGCUGGCGCCCAACAAGCGCGACUGGGAGUACGUGCGGCCGCGGCCGGAGUGUGCCGUGAUCAACCUGGGCGACAGCCUGAUCAAGCUGCUGGGGGGCCGGCUGUACAGCGCGGUGCACCGGGUCGUCGUGCCCCCGGGCCCGCAAGGGGAGUGCAUGCGCCACAGCGUGGUGUACUUCUCACGGCCGAACUCGAGCGUCAAGCUGCGCGACCUGUUCCAGUAUCCCACGGACGAGGACGUGAAGAGGCUGGAGCAAGAGGCGUCGGGCGGACCGCUUCUUAAUGCGGAUGAAUGGGUCAAGCAGCGUGCCCACAACUGGAAUACUGCCCAGUAUAAGGGCAAGGAGUCGUACAAGCUGAGUCGAGGGACGGAGCACAAUCGCGAGUGGGAGUCUGUGAAGCUGGAGCAGCAGCAGCAGCAGCAGCAGCGUCCGAAGGCGGUCGAAGCUGUGUGA